AUGCACGCGCUGACAGAUUUGCCAGGAAUGGGUGGACUUUACUUUUCUAUGGUAUUCAGUGGCUCUUUGAGUACAAUCUCUUCUGGAAUAAGUUCUCUUGCCGCCAACACAGUAGAAGACCUAAUGAAGACACCUCUGAAGAACAUUAAUGAAGCUACUGUGACGUUCAUAACAAAAGUAUUUGUGUUUGGGUAUGGGCUGCUGAUUAUAGGACUUGCAUUUUCGGCCAGCUACUUAAAAGGUCCUAUGACUAGUAUGAUGAUUAGCAGCGUCGGAGCCUGCGGUGGACCUAUUCUGGGCAUAUUUAUACUUGGCUCCCUUGUUCCCUGGUCUAACAAAUAUGGAGCUAUCUGUGGGGGCGUUAUUGCAUUAGUAUUCAAUGUAUGGCUGGCAAUAGGAAAUAUAAUGUACGGGUCUAACCUUAACACUCUACCCCCUCCACCAAGUGACAUGUGUUUUCAGAAUUCCUCGAUGUUAGAUUUUACUUCAGUCAAUGCGUCAAUGACCUAUUUUAAAAAUCAAACUCUAUAUUCUCGAGCAGCCAUUAACACAAUGCAUGGUCAAAUAAUAAAACGAGAUCGGUACAGUUUUUUCUUGUACGAUAUCUCUGGCGACUGGUACGGUUUUAUCGGAACUAUUGUCUGUUUUUUGUUUGGUAUCACAAUUAGUUACUGUACCCGGAGACGAUGCAUACAAGUUACAGAUGCCAAAUUACUCUUUGCCUGUGUUCGUCAGAUUUCCUCGUCGAAACGGUCUAACGGCGUGGAAGAGCAUCACGACCCAGAUGGGAAUUGCACGUUACUUCUGUACAAACCUGAUCUUCAAGUUACCACAUUAGUCACAAAUGGUAAUGCAAAUCAUGAUGUCGAGGAGUCGCAUCGUGGAAUCAUUUAG